AUGGCUGAUCUCUCAAGCUCACCAACUCCGGCCGAACCCGCCUCCGCCGCUUCCAUCCAAGCCUUAGAAUUGUCUAUUCAAAAUGUUAUGAAACUCAACCAAAGACGUAGACAAUGGCAUACUCUCUUUGCCACCCCAAUUCCAAACACCACCAACCCAUUAUCCUCAUGGAGAUCCCAUUUGAUCACCUUCCUUGAAUCCACACCUUCUCAUCUCAUCACCAUUGUUCUCCUCUUAACGGACCUUAUCGUUACCGUCCUCGAACUCUCAUCGUCGUUAAUAUCAUGUAAUUUGCCUGUUAGUCACAAGAGAGAAGAAGAAGUUAUGGGUUUUCAUUGGGUGAGCAUUGCCAUAUUGAGCUUGCUCUCAACGAAGACUGUGGCUAUGGUGGUCGGCCUCGGCCUCUCGUUCUUUAGGCGGCCCGGUUGCGUCGUGGAUGGCGUGGUUGUGGGUGUGGCGUUGGGUUUAGAGGUGGCUGCAAAGAGGAGAGGCGGUGGAGUUAUAAUGGUGGGGAGUUUGUGGAGGAUUGUGAGGGUGGUGGAGAGUGCUUUUGAGCUAAGUGAUGAUGCAAUUGAAGCAAAGAUUGAAGGAAUAGUUUGGGAGUUAGAGGGAAUGAAGGAAGAAAUAAGAAGAGAGAAAGAGAAGGAUGAGGUGUUAGAUCUUAGUAUAAAUCUUAGUAACCUUUAAGUUUGGUUUUUGAUUUUAUCAUAUUUUUGUUUCUAAAUUAUAUAUUUUGUAAUUUAUGGUUGGAAAAGGUUGAAUUUAUU